AUGACUCAGUUGCCAGUGGCAAGCGGAGAAUUUAGGCCAGUCACAGCAAUAUUGGUUAGUAAUAAUAUAAUCGUGCAAGUAAAAACCGAAGCCAAGGAAGGUUAUAACUCUUGCCAAAUCGCUUUUGAAGACUGUUCGAAAAAAAACCUUAAUAAGCCUUUAUUAGGACAUUUAAACAAAAAAAGUAUUCCACCCAAAAGACACUUGCGAGAAAUAAGAAAUAUGGCGGGAUUCGAAGUCGGCUCACCAGUAGAUUUAGCACUUUUCCAAGCCGGAGAAAAAGUUAAAGUAAGCGGCACUUCCAAAGGUAAAGGUACCCAAGGAGUAAUUAAAAAAUAUGGUUAUUCGCGGGGAAAUAUGACCCAUGGUGGUGGUUAUCCGCACCGUUUAAUUGGCUCCAUGGGUGGUGGUCGCGGCACUAAUCAAGGCGUUCCUAAAGGCAAAAAAAUGCCAAGUCGAAUGGGUAAUGAAAAAACUACUCAAAAAUCGAUAAUAGAAAAGAUAGAUAAAGAAAAGCAAAUCAUUUUUAUCCGUGGCUCUGUCCCUGUAGUCGGUGUAGCAGUUGGCGGAUAUUUUCUAGUCCGAAAAAAAGAUAAUAAACAAAAACAAGGAACAAAUUUAGGCGAACAGCAAAGACAACAAGUCAGAGAAGCCGCUUCCCAAUUAGUUGGAAAUAUUUUAGAUAAUCAGAGCAAUUUUAAUCAGUUGACAACCAACCCGGAUGGAACAAGAAGAAAUAUUGAUGAUGUUGAAGAAAUUUUUUUAUCAAGUGGUGGCGGUAACCAGUCUUCACAAAUUACUAAUUCUCUCUCUCCCGCUGUAUUAGAACAAAGUUGGUAUGAAUUACGACCUUUUAUAAUCGCUUGUUUACAAAAUUUAAAUCAGUCUCUUAUAGAGAAGGAAUAUUUAAGGGCAAUUCAAGAAUUAAAAACGAUUAAAGAGUUAUUUGAAAAGUAUAGCCAAAUCCGUAAUAACUUGGUGAUUAACAAGAAAAGAAUUGGUAUAACUAAUGCACUUUCCGCUAUAAUCUAUUUUCCGCCUGACAAAAUAGAGCAAGCUCAACAAGACUCAGUGCGGGUAGCUCAUUAUUUAGCUCUUUACAGUGCUUUGAAUAAAAUACCUUUACCAAGAAAUUUGGCUUCCACGGCCACUAUCAAAGGGGAGAAAGUAGGAGGCAUAGGAGGUUUACAGCACAAAUUAGAGGCUUCAGUGAAUAAUGGAAUAGAUACUUUUAUUCUUUCCAAUGAAAACAAAAAAGAUAAAAAUAAAGAACAAAAAAAAGUUCAUAAUUGCGGAAAAGACAAAAAACCCGAAGAACCUCAACCCCGCGACCCACCACAACCAGAUAAACCAAACUCCGAAAUUACUUCCGAACAACUUUUAAGUUUAGUAGCAGAAUAUUGUUUAAGAGAAGUUCCAGAAGACCAAAGAGAUUUUAAGAAUAAAUUGAUGAGUUCUUGCCAUAACAACUCAGACUAUCAAGGAUCAGUUGUUAGAGCAUUAAAAUUACGCGAGGAAUAUUUGGGGAAAUUAGAAAAAAUCCAAACCAAUCCACAAAGAAACGAAAAUCAGGGAAAAAUUGGGCAACUUCAAAAAGAAAUAUUUUACUUAACAGAGCAAAUAAGGCAGCUGAAGUCAUUAAAUAACAAAGAGGACGAAAUUAAUCAAUUAGUAAAACAAAUAGAGGAAAAAAACCAAGAAAUAAAAACCUUAUCCGAAAAUGAUAUUCCUCAUUCUCCGGAAGAAAAUAUAGAGAAAAGAAAGAAACAAUUAUACCAAGAAUACGAAACCAAAUUCAAAGAAAUCGCUUCCAUAGUCGCUAAUUUAACCAGCGAAAUUUUAACUAACUUGACCAAUCUGAGUUAUAAUAUCAAAGAAAUUAAGUGA